ACCAAUUCCCUCCGGACAUUUUUUUCCUACUUCGGCAAAAAGGAACCACAUGUAAAGACUGAUGGGACAAGACCUCAGCAUUGCUUACCAGAGAAUCGGCUCAGAUGCAUCACUGCAGAGACCCAACAUCUCAGUAGGAGCGAGACGGAGGUAAAGAACCAGAGAGAAAGUGAGAGGGAAUCUGAGUUAUUUCUAUCCACUGCCCCCCUUCCCACACUGGGACCCUCUUCACUUGCCCUCUGCUAUCCAUCCAUGGGGCAGGAAGCGUGAAAAAUCUCACUAAUGGGUUUAUUUGCUGUCAGCUCAGCGACGACCUGUCAUUUCUCAGGACCACUCCACACUUGACACAUUUCAUAGUCGAGUAAGCCUUGCUUUGUUUUUGCCUAAAGAGCCCUUGCUUCACACUGAUCAAGACAAGGGUGAGGUAUCAGGUGGAUUUGACAAGUCCCUUAAUCACUUUGCCUGCCUAUUACAGUAUUCUUCUUCAAGUGAGGUCAAGCGUGGGGGACGGCUCGCUGUUCCUUUGUAUUUCUCAAAGUUGAGAACUUCCCGCAGUUAGAAAGAGUCUGCUUUCUGGUGGGCUGAAGAUGCGUAGCUGGCUGCUAGCUGUGGUGACAGCAGUGCUCUGGAGCCAGUGCAUCCUUCUAGGGUGGGCUGAAGGCGGGAAGAUGCGUAAGAGGCCGAAGGAGCUUGCUCCGCAGGACACUGAAGCAUUCAACACCACUCUUUCCAACAGUGAGGAGCUGGAUGGCAGCACAAAGCAGGUCAGUGAGAACCAGAGAGUGGACCCUCUUGGAUCAUGGAUGGAUUUUGUGAAGAGACCUGUGGGCAACUUUCCUGGAAAAUGCCGAAAGCGAAAUAGACCACUGCCUGGUCCCCCGGGACCUCCUGGACCUCCAGGGCCUCAGGGACCUCCAGGAUCCCCUGGGGCAGAAGUCACUCAAGAGGUCCUGCUGCGAGAGUUCAAAGAAAUGAUCAAAGAGGCCACAGAGAGACGAGCAGCAGUGGACAGGCCCAACGAACCCAGUCAGCUGCCUACAGAUCUGAUCACCCUAGAGAGUAUGACCUCCUACAGGAGAAUCGAGGAAGCCUUCCACUGCAAACUCAAAGGCCCUGUCGUUGUGGACAAAAAGACUCUGGCUGAACUGCAGAACUUUCAGACACCUCCUGCCAAAGGUGCCUUCCUCAGAGGGACGGGGAUGGAUCAGUCCACUGGCCGAUUUACAGCUCCUGUAACUGGAAUUUAUCAGUUCUCUGCCAAUGUUCAUAUUGACCACACUGAGGUGAAGAAGAGUAAGAACCAGCUGAGAGCCAGAGACAAUGUCCGAGUUUUGAUCUGCAUUGAAUCUCUCUGCCACAGAUACACAUCCUUGGAAAUGAUUGUUGGCUUUGAGAGUAACAGCAAAAUAUUUACAGUAUCUGUCCAUGGACUGCUGGAACUUCAGGCCGGGCAGUACACUUCCAUAUUCGUGGACAAUGCAGCUGGAGCAUCGAUCACAAUACAGAAUGGUUCAGAUUUCAUGGGCAUGUUGUUGGGGGUAUAGCCUUGUUUUACAGCCAGACUAUAUCUGGCAGACCAUGUAAGACUGCAUAGCUCCUGUUUGGACUAUCACCCAGCACCAUAUAUCCUCAUGAGACAAUAUAUGACUGCUUACAAAGCUCUCGGCUUGUUCAUGGACAAGACAUGGACAUAUUAAAACCCACAAAGCAGAGACAGUUGGAUGCAAAACUGAAAGACUUUACCGAGGACAGUCGAUUCACAUCUGCCGCUCUCAUGUGCCGUCUACAUUGAGGUUUUUACCUCUUCAGAAAGAUCAGUUCUCACUGUUUCCACUUACCAUGUCCUUUUUUGUGAUUUGUAGAUGUAUACAAAGAGAUUUUUGUACUUUGACAUUGUGUUAUGUCCUUCCUCUUAAUUAAUAGUGUUUAUAUACAGAAUGUUUAUACACACAGUUUGUUUCUACGGUGAAAGGUUUUCUACAAUACAAGAGCUAAUCUAAGGUUUAAUCUUUUGGAUUUAUCUUAAAGGAACAUUUGACCCCAAAAUGAAAAUUUGUUGAAAAUUGACUCACCAUCAGGCCAUCCAAGAUGGCAUUGUGUUUAUUCUGAACAAAUUUGGAGAAAUUUAGCAUUACAUCACUUGCUCACUAGUGAAGGGGUGCCGUCAGAACGUCCAAACAGCUGAUUAAAACCAUAGACAGCAUAAAAACAUGGAUGUAGUCACCUGUAGGUUUCUGAAGAGUGUUUUUGAAGCCUAAAGUGGGCGGAGCCUAUUCUCACCAUCUUGGCAGCGCGUCACUCCCCGAUAAUAGAAAAUGGGCAAAGAGGCGGGAGCUGGUUGCUGAAACCACACCCACUUAGCUCUAUGAUGGUGACAGCAGCGCCAAUCCACCCAUCACUCAAGUGGCCAUUCCCUUAAUUAUGCAGAACUUUAAGGUUUAGUAUAAUUUAAACGAAUGAGUUAUAAAAAAAAUCCACCCUCCUCACAGUUGUCAUGAAGGCCAACAUAAAUACCAAAACCAUAUUUUUUUUCUUCUGUAAAGUUGGGCAUUUUAACAUGGAGGGUCAAUGGGACUGGCUCCCUUUUGGAGCCCAAACUCUAGUGGCCAGUCAGUGAAUUGCAAUUUUAGUCACUUCCGUGUUGGUUUCACUAGAGAUUGGAAGGUUGCCGCUUGAUUAAAACACCAUAAUAGUCCAUGCCAUCCACAUGACUCCAGUCCAUAAAGUAACAUCAUGUGAAAUGAAAAAAUCCCUGUUUUUAAGAAACAAAUCCAUCAUUAAGAUGUUUUUUAACGUCAAAAUACUCUUUUAGGACAGAAAU